AAAUAUGUCCACCUGCUAACCUUGAAGAAAAAUAUGAUAUUAAAAUUAAGCUCAAGUGUAAUAUGGUCAAGGAAAAUGGGUGAGUUUGCUGCUGCUGCUGGUCUUUUUUCUGUAGGGCACUGCCAACCCUUGUUCUUUCCUGGUAGCGGAAUGUGUUUCGGGCCGGAAAAUAUAGUGUGUAAGCCGAUCAGGAAGCAGGAGAGUAUUUGCCGUGCCAAAGCGGUGUUAAAAUCGAAGAAAACGAUGCAGCAUAGGGAGCCUUUAAACUUUUACUUUAGAUAUACAUUUGAUGCUCCUCUCAAUGAGUCACCUGCAGUACUAUAUUCAUCUCUCUCUCUCUCUCUCUCUCUCUCUCUCUCAAACAAAAGAACAAUCACUCACAGAAGCAAGCUCUUGCAUAACUUGCAGGCUUCAUUUGAUCAAUACUUGGACGAUAAACACAGGGUUUUUAAAGCGAUUUUUCUGGACACAGCGAAAACCCAAACAAAAGAGGAAGAGUGGAGAAUUCACAUGCCGGCCAUGCAAGUCUUGUUCCUGUCUGUCUACCUUGCAUUAUAUGUAAAGUUGAGAUGCAAAUCCAUGGGGAAAGACUACCCUCCUCAUGUUCCUCACCACAUCUCCAAGAUUCUUGAGCUUGACGUUACUAGAUGGGAAAUCCGAGGCAUUGCUGGGUAUGAUCCGAGUGGCGUCAACCUCAGCGUCAAAGGAAUCAUAUUUUCAGAUAGACAGGGAACACAAAGCUGGUUCAGAAACAUAUUCGAUAUAAACUUAAGCUUCAUCGUACCACCUCUCUUCGCUUGGGUCCCGGACAAUGUCAUGUGAAGCAUUACA